AUGAUGAAAAGAGGAGACAUCUAUACAGUAACUAACAAAUUUAGCGAAGAACAAUGGAGAGAAUUCACUCGAUUAAAACUCGAUGUGGAUGAGGAUGAAAUAGAUGAACUUGAAAAUAGAUGGGGAAACAAUUUCCAAGAACGUAAAUUCAAGACAGUUAUGAAAUGGCAGGAUCGAAACCCGAGACAGGAAGACCUCAUGCAACAAUUGAUUACUAUGAAGCAUGAAUAUUUUUGUGGUGAGCAUGAAGAGAUGAAUCAAACAAGGAAUGAACAAAUCCGAGUAGUACAACCAGCUGCUGAUCUUGACAACUUGCAAGCCCGUGGGUACCAAAGAUGCUUGGACUUUGAGAGAUAUAAAGUCACAACAAAAAAAGGUCUCGUUCUGAUCAUAAGCAAUUCGUUUACUUCAUUUGCUGAAGAACAUCAUAGAACACUCGCUUGUCAUAAAGACGCGGAACUUAUGGAGGAACUGUGGAGAGAUACUGUAGGAUGCACACUGCUAGAAGGAAGAUCUCAUCGAGACAAAAGUGCUGCUGAUAUGAGAGAUCUGCUCAGGAAGCUUGGUAGAUCACAAGGGUACGAUUAUGUGGUGGUGGUGAUAAGCACGCAUGGAGGGACGGUUCAAUUGACUGGAAAGAAAGAGCCGGAUAAAGCAUCUGAGAAAUAUAAAGAAGUUCUGUUGGGAAACGAUGGGGCAGCUAUCCAAGCAAAUGAAAUACAAUCAUUUUUUGACAAAACUGCUGCUAAAAACCUACAAGAUAUCCCUAAGCUUUUCAUUCUUCAAUACUGCACAGGAGACGAAAUAGAUACAGGUGUGUACAGGCAAGGUGAUGCAGCUGGUGAUACAAUGCCGGUUUUUGAUAUAAUGAGUCCACUGAUGCCCAAAAAAAGUGAUGUCGUCACUGCUUAUCCAGCGCAUGAAAAACAUUUGGCAUAUAGAAAUGAAAGUGGAUCUUGGUUCAUUCAGUCCAUUUAUAAUGUCUUUAGGGAAUGCUACCAACAAAAGCAUGUCACAGAUAUGCUUACAAAAGUUAAUCGUGAAAUGAUGAAUAGGAGAGGUGUAGUAGACAUGAACGACUGCAAGUCAAUGAGCAUCUACGAGUCUAGUCUAACCAAGGAUUUUUACUUGGUUAAAUCAUCAAUUCAUGGUGACAUGGCUGAACCUGUGGAGUCCAACAUUGAGGGCAAAAAAAGACCAAGACACCAUUGAUCCAAUAAAGUCAAGAAAAUGAACCCUCACUAAAGCAGUAAUAGACUGCAGUGCAAACCAGAAUUUUGUAAUUAGUAUAUGACAAAAUAAAAAUUUAACAGAAUAUGUUUUUUGCCAUAAUUCUAUCUCUAAAAGUUUUUAUCAUUAGGGCUACCCAGUAUUACAUAUACACUUAUGUAGAUAGCUCUGUGCCUUGAAAUUUGGUUUCC